GUCACUCGGGUGACAUUUAGCGGGCUCCUCAAUGCUCUGGACGGAGUCAUCGCCACGGAGGAGAGAUUGGUCUUCAUGACCACGAACCACUACCACGCGCUGCCGCGGGCUCUGGUGAGACCCGGCAGGGUGGACCUCAGCAUCUAUGUUGGUCUAGCGUCCCGGGCACAGCUGAAGCGGAUGUACAUACGCUUCUUCCCUGGACAAGAGGACUUGUCGGAGACUUUUGCCACGGUCUGCCAGGACGAAGGCUUGAGCAUGGCGGAGCUGCAAGGCUAUUUCAUGUUCUUCAAGAACAAGCCUGAGGAAGCCGUCGCCAAUGUCAAAUCUUGGCUGGACGAACGCCGCAAAGUUCAUGAGGAGCAGCUGGCCAAGAUGCGUGCCGAAAGCACGCCAGAGGGCACCGAGAAGCCGAAGCAGGUGCCACCUCCGGAAGAGUGA